AUGUCUGGUGCUAUGGUCCAACGCGAUUGGGGAGACCUUGAGACCUUGACGGGCUUUGUUGCUUCUGACGGCUGUGACCUUCUCGCGUCUGGCUCACGCUUUCAAGUCACUGGCGCCUCAUCAGGCCUGGGCCACUCCCUCGUCGAAGUUGUCCUCCAAAGGAACGACAAAGUUAUCGCGGCCUGCCGGAACCCAUCUGCUUUGGCCUUCCCCACCGCCACCAGUGCUAACUUCAUAGCGGUCAUAUGUGAUGUGACCAGCCAGCAAGAUAUACUCCACGCGUUUGCUGCAGGUAUCACAAAAUUUGGGCAGGUCGACGUUGUGUUUAACGGCGCUGGACUGGCAAUGUCGGGAGAGCUCGAGGCCGUGCCAGAGGAUGCGGCAAAGGCCCUUUUCGAUGUCAAUGUCUGGGGUGCACUCAAUGUUAGCAAGGAGGCAAUGAGAGUCUUCCGCGACGUGAACCCAGUGAAGGGAGGGAGACUGUUGAAUGUGAGCUCUGGGAUUGGGAUUGUGGGGAUGCCUGUGUGUGGUAUAUAUGCUGCGAGCAAACACGCCUUGGAGGGACUUACCGAGUCGCUUGCGAUGGAACUUGACCCAUCAUGGAACAUCAAGGUCUGUUUAUCUUUUCUUCAAAAUCAAAAGGUUCCAACGUCCGUAGGUAUAUCAAUUAUCGCGCCCGGUGCCUUCAAAACCGGUAUUCACACAGCGCGGACCAUUACAUUCCCUGCACCCACUGCCUACAGCAAACCCGAGCUGCCCUCGCGCUGGGUUCGAAACUGGUUUGACGAUGAAUCUGCCAUACGCGGCGAUCCCAUUGCCGCUUCCGAAGCGUUUUAUAGAUUUACGCUACUCGAGUCCCCUCCGAUGCGCUGGGCCGUGGGAAAGGACGCAAUCGCGGGUGCCAGAAAGAAAAUCGAGUUGGUGAAAAAGGAAACAGAUGCUUAUGAAAGUUGGUCGGACAUGUUGGAAUUACCAUGA